GAGUGCAACGAAGAUGGCGCAGGACAGCACGGUUCCUAGCGAUCUCUACCAACAUGUGUACUCGUUUCUUGUGGAAAACAAGUUCGCCAAAGCUGCGAAAGAGUUUUUGAGGCAGGCUAAAGUGAAACCUCAGGACCAAAAUGAGGACAGUCUUAUGGACAUCUUCAAUUUCUGGGUCAAGUCCCCAGAAACUAAAAAGCGUAAAGCGGUCACCAGUAGCCCUGCGGCUGUCAAUGGCCCAUCAGCCAAGAAAGCAAAGAAAGAUGAGGACAGUUCAAGUAGUGAAGACUCGAGCAGUGAAGAAGAGCAAGCAGCCCCUGCCAAGAAAGCUAUACAAGUAAAAGCUCCUCCUCCGAAGAAGCCAGCGGCUGUAGCUGCAAAAGAGAGCAGCUCUGAAGACUCCAGUGACUCGGAGGAUGAAGCUCCAGCUAAAACAACAGCAAAGCCUGCUGCUGUGAAAGCUGCUGUUCAGCCUGCAGCGGCAGCCAGGAAGAAGGACACCAGCUCCAGCAGUGAGGAGUCUGACUCUGAAGAGGAGUCCAGCAAAACUCCAGCUAAAGUGGUUAAGCCUGUGGCUGGAACACCUAAAACUGUUUCCGCUCCAGUGUCUGCAGCUCAGAAGAAGCAGGACAGCAGCAGUGAAGACAGCUCCAGUGAUUCUGAGGACGAGCCUCCAGCGAAGAGCGCAGUGAAAGCAGCGGUCCCAGUGAAGACUCCUCCUCCUCCUCCUCCAGCCAAACCUGUGGCCCCUGCAGUGUCCAGUAGUGAUGAUUCAUCCUCAGAUGAGGAAGAUGCUCCCCCUACUAAGAAACCCAAGACUGGACAAUUCAGCGCCGUUCCUCCUCCUGGAACGUUGACCGCUCAAGCUCCAGUCAAAGCUCCUGCAGCUUCAGUUAAGACUGUGACUCCCAAAGCAGCUGCUAAGAAGGACUCAUCCAGUUCUGACAGUUCUGAUUCAAGCUCAGAAGAUGAAGCAAAGAAGCCAGUGGUCAAAGCUGCACCGGCUAAAGCAGCCCCAGCUAAGAAAGCACCCACAAAAGUUGCUCCGGCUCAGAAAAAAGACUCGUCAAGCUCUGAUUCUUCAAGCUCUGAGGAUGAAGCGACGAAGCCGGCUGUCAAAGUCACACCAGCAAAAGCUGCAUCUGCUAAAUCUACACCCGCGAAAGCCGCUCAGGCUAAAGCUGCGCCGGCUAAAGUCACUCCAGCGGCGGAGGAAUCUUCAUCUUCUAACUCUGAAGAAUCUGAGGAAGAGUCCAAGAAACCUGCAACUAAAGUCGCCCCGGUUAAAGCUGCAGCUAAACGUCCACCAGCUAAGAAAACUCCAGCUAAAGUCAAGCCGGCUGCAAAAGAGUCUUCACCGUCAAGCUCCGAUUCUGAGGAAGACGAGCCACCUACCCCGGCUAAGGCACCUCCUGCUAAAGCUACCCCUGCUAAGGCUACCCCAGCUAAAGCCACCCCUGCUAAAGCUGCUCCUGCUAAGGCUACCCCAGCUAAAGCCACCCCUGCCAAAGCUGCUCCUGCUAAGAAAGAUGAUUCCUCAAGUUCAGACUCAGAAAGCUCUGAAGACGAAGCACCAGCUAAACCAGCAGCUGCGUCCAAACCAACGAGUACUCCUAAACCCGUAUCCAAGCCUGCCGAGUCUAGCUCAGCCUCGGACAGCUCCUCAGAUGAAGAUGAGGGACCUCAAAAGAAACCUGCCACCACACCGGUAUCCAAACCUGCCCCGGCCAAACCUUCUGCAGCCAAAACCACCAACAAACCAGCGGAAAGCAGCAGCAGCUCCGACUCGGCCAGCUCUUCAGAUGAGGAAACAAAAAAGAAACCUGCCACCACACCAGUAUCUAAACCCACCCCAGCCAAACCAGCACCCGCAGUCAAAACGACAAACAAACAAGCUGAAAGCAGCUCGGACAGCUCUUCAGAUGAAGACGAUGAACCUCAAAAGAAAGCCGCCACUACACCGGCAUCUAAACCUGUGGCCACCUCAGCCAAAUCCACCCCUGCAGCUAAACCAGCGGAGAGUAGCUCUGAUUCAGACAGCUCAUCAGAUGAGGAAGCACAGAAGAAGACCACCACCACACCAGUCCCAUCCAAACCUGCUACCCCAGCUAAACCUGCAGCUAAAGCAGCAGAGAGCAGUUCUGACAGCUCAGACUCUGAGGACGAGACUCCAGCUGCUAAAACCGCUAAACCAGCAGCGGCUACUGCUACUAAGAGCCCUGCCGCUGCCUCCAAACCACCCGUUUCAGCUAGUAAACCUGCAGCUAAGUCCAGCAGCAGUGAUUCGGACAGUUCCAGUGAAGACGAAAAGCAAGCAAAGGCUACAGUGACGCCCAAAGCUGCACCUAAGCCGGCCGUGGCUCCAGUCAACGCAAAGAAAGCCGAGAGCAGUAGUUCAGAAUCAUCUGACAGCUCAGACUCUGAGACAGAAGCUAAGAAGACUCCCGCCAAGCCUGUUGUGGCCAAUGGGAAGCCUGUGACAAAAACCCCGACUUCUGCAGCGAAGACUCCGGCUAAAAAGACAGCAGAGUCUUCAUCCUCGAGCGAUAGCAGUUCUGAGGAAGAGGAGCCGUCUAAACCACCCGCUACGAAAACACUACCAGCUACGAAAACGCCACCCGCUACCAAAACACCACCCGCUACUAAAAAACAAGCUGCUGAGGCUAAAGCAGAGAGCAGCUCUUCAGAGGAAUCAUCUGAGGAAGAGGAAACACCGGCCGCCACAAAUGGUACACAGAGUGCAAAAAAGGCGACACCCAAAAACCAAAAAAUCGCCACAUCCACGCCUCAGACAUUUCCCAGAACUAGGCAGAAGGACAGCAAUGCUCCUUUCCGUAGAAUAAGAGAGGAGGACGUUGAGGUGGACCCCCGUCUCAAAGACAACUCAUUUGAUGCAAAGAUGGGAGCCAACGGAGACUGGGGCCAGAAAGCCAACAAUGUACUUAAAUUCACCAAGGGCAAAUCUUUCCGACACGAAAAGACCAAGAAGAAGCGCGGCAGUUACAGAGGCGGCGCCAUCUCCACCACCGUCAACUCCAUAAAGUUCGACAGCGACUGAGAUCAUGAACUCGAUGGACUUCAGAACCUUUCCCAGUCUGUCUUUUUGUACUAUUCUGACCGAUCUACUCACUUCCCAGCACUGCUCUGGGAUCAGUACUGUUGGACUGAAGUGUGUCGUUGUCAUCUUGGAAGUUCCAAAUAUUAGUCUUUCAUGCAGUUAGUUGUAGUGACCACACGGUGGCGCCACUUCAUUGAAUUUUUUUCCAAUAGAAAGCCUCUGAUUAGCUUCUCUGAGGGUUUUGGCUUCACUGUUAACGUUUUUUGAAGUUGGCUUUGACGAUGUGUACGGUUGUUCUAACAGGUAAUUCUUAAUAUGCUUAAAAUGACGGAGUAAUUUUCCUUUGUUUUUUAAUUAUGCAUCUUAAAUGUCAUUGUUAUGGUUAAGUUAACAUUAGCCUAUCCGCGUAUCUUGAGCCUAGUGAUUUAUCUCAUUUAAAGAAGCCAUGCAGUUAAUGACUCCGCCCACUUCUGUUUGACAGGCACACUGGAAGACACGAGUCAUCCUCAUUCGCUUUUAGUUUGGAUGUUUUAUGGUUUCACUUCUGUGUUAGGCAGAGUUUUGUCAGUUGCUCUCCUUUAUCAGUCUUGUACCUUUAAUUAAAACUUGGACUGAA